AUGGAUCAGUACCCGGGAAAUCCCCAGGAAAAGAUUAGCAUCGGUGACUGUGAGAGGACCGCCUUUUCUAUAACAUGCUGGUCCUGGAUCAGAUCCAGCAGACUCUGGACCAACGUGGAACAGACCGUUUUCCCAUUUCAAAAUAGACCCUCCUCCAGCAGCAACGGUGUGGAUCUGGAGCUGGCCAACGGAAAUCUCCAAUCCUGCAGUCUUGUUGUUGAAAGAAACGUCAAACGAAGACCCGUCGAUUCUCGAAACGUCCGUCGAGGUACCGCCCAUGUCGAAACCAACCAACGGCGUGUUUUGGUAGCACGUCUCUGCCACUCCAACGACUCCUCCGGCAGGACCAGACAAAAUAGCGUUGAUACCACGGAACAAUUUGGCAUCGGUCAACCCUCCGUCACUCUGCAUGAACUCCACCUUGGGAACCGUGCUGAACGCACUCAGAAACUUGCGGAUUUUGUGGAGAUCAAUGGGGCCCAGCUGGCCUAUUUCACCUUAGGGGACGGGCCUCUGGUUAUUACCUUACACGGAGGGCGUGGUUUCGGCAGCAAAAACGGCGAUUUCAAGGCAUAUUCGCGUCUGGCCGACCAUGGAUACAAAGUGGUGAGUUUUGAUUUCCGAGGCCACGGGAACUCUUCGUUCACUCCUCCGUUUACAUUUGCACAGAUCGUCGACGAUAUCGAUGCCGUCAGAGAGCACUUUGCUGGCAAAGACGGCAAAGUGAUCGUGAUAGGAGGCAGUUUUGGAGGGUUUCUAGCCCAACAAUACGCUACAACAUACCCGUCAAAUAUAUCGCACCUGAUUUUACGAGGAACCGCUCCGUCCCACCAUCACGAGGAAGACGCUUUCAAAGUUCUAGAGCAAAAGAUCCCUUUUUAUCCGGGCAUUUCGCUAAAUAUGCUCCGGAAAGUGUUUGGCCGGUUUGAGAGCGACUUGGAGAUGCAACUGGUGAUGUUUGCGCUCGCACCUCUGUACUCAGAGUCUUAUAACUCGGACGAGGGUUUGGCCGGGUGCCUCAAGACAAAAUAUCGUGCAGAAAGCCACAACAGUUUAUAUGCAGAGUCGGAGAAAUAUUUUGACUAUACCAACAAAUUGGCAUUGUUGGAAACUCCGACACUGAUAAUUGUCGGAGAAAAAGACUGGAUAUGCCCGCCCUCGCAAAGUCGGAGAAUAGCCCAAUUAGUGCGCAACUCCACACUUGUGGAGGUGCCCGAUGCCAACCACAGUGUUCAUCUCGAGAAGACCGACCAAAGCACAAGUGAAACCGAUACAGUAGUAGAACCCGUUGGUGUGGCCAUACUGAGGAGCCUCUCCGGAUGGGAACAGGUGCUGUUGGAACGGAGUAACCACGGCCUGUCCAACAACGAUCAUGGCAGGAAUGGUCACUGCACGCAGAAUAUGGUUCUUUCCGCACGUAAUGUUGCACCAUCCUGUCAAAAUCGGAGUGUAGCAACCGUACACACCGCUCAUAAUGUAGCCCGCCUUACGCAGCGGGAUGUUGUCGAUGGGGCCCUUGGCGGUCAUAAUGAAGGCCGCGAGCAGCACCAGACCAACAGCCACACAGGUCAGGCCUCUUUGGCCGGUCAGGUCGCAGAUAAAUCCAGUGGACAGCAUGGUCACCAGGUUCACUCCGGAAAGAAUGGUUGGAAAGUUGUUGAUGUAGCUGAUGGAGUAUCUGCCGAGCGAUUUCAAGUACAAUUCAAAGAAUUGGAGCAUGUAGGAGGCAGCGGUAAGAGUCCAGAAACAGUAGCCGAUACAGAAGGCCCACAGUUGCCACGAGAACACAACAGGCUUGAUGUUCUUGAGGCUGAAAGUGAUCUGUGUAGAAAUUCUUCCGUCUUCCACCAACCGUUCCUUAGCACGGUUUCUCUCCCAUUCGUUCAGGUAGAAAGCGCUGGUGUUGUGAGGGUAGUCUGGCAAGAACAGAUAGCCGUAGAUGAUCACCGGGGCUCCAAUCAAAGCAUCGAUGAUGAACAUCCACUGCCACGCAGCCAGUCCACGCUUACCAUUCAUGGUAUUUUGCAAACCGGACUGGAUAUACGAGGAAGUGGCUUGUCCAAUGAUACCGGCAAGCACAAAGAAGUUUCCUCGUCUCAUAAUUUCACGUUUCUUGUACCAACACCCAAUCAUGUAGUGUGUUCCUGGGUUACAGGCGGAUUCAAACAGUCCAAUCAAAAAUCUCAGCGCAAAGAUCGUUUGCGCAUUCUUGGCCAAGUAGAUGAACAAAACACACAGAGACCACAACAGGUCCAACGUUGGCAGGUAGAUUCUCGGACGAAAGUAACCGGCAAGCAAAACAGCUGGAAUGGAGCCAAUACACAGUCCAAUGUUGUAGUAAGUGUUGAACCACGAAAGCUCGUUAGAUGUAAAGCCCAGAUCCUUCUUCAUUCCAGAAACAUACGUGUUGGAGAUGUUUGUUUGGUCCAGGUACUUGAGAAAGUACGCUGCCAUGGAAUAGGUGAGGAUAAAGAAGUCCAGCUUCCAUAUCAGGAUUUUUUCCCUUCUAUCGGUUCCUGGCUCGAACCAGUGAGUUUGAUUCUCUCGAGGUUUGGAUGCGACACACCAAGCGAGACCAGUAGACCGUGGUUGAGUCUGAUAAGCUCCAACAAUUUGAGUUUGGACGGUCUAUCCAAGAACGGUCUGAGCAUCAGCGAGUACGCUUCUCUGGCGACCGAGUCCAUGGUUUCCAGGAUGAGGCCAGAAGGCUUAGGGAACUCGCUCACGAUCUUGGACACGUUAGCGACCAAUGCUGCGGUGCUUCGAGGAGUUUUCGUAUUUGUAAGCAGUAAAUUGAGCGGAGGCAGGUUCCUCAUGGACGUUCUGAUGCUUGGCAUGGACGACUCCAUGCGCUGGAACAUGACUGCACCUCCGUGGGUGGCCACGGCGUUGUCUAUUCCGCUAGGGUUGCCAUGGCAGCAUUUUUCUCCCAUAAAGGCCCACGAGUCCACCAAUAGACACUGUUCCGAGUCUUUGACGGUGACGUCGUCCAUCUUCAGCGUUGGUUCGUCGAUGUGGCCUCCCAGAUAG